AUGUCUCUGAUUGCUUCUAAAAUUGCCCCCUCGAUUGUUGUAUUUGGUGGUAAUGGCUUUGUAGGUAAAAGAAUCUGCCAGGCAGGCAUCAAUGCUGGCUUUAGUGUCACUUCUCUCUCGUCCUCUGGGGUUCCUCCAAAACCUGUCGUUGAAGAAGACUCUCAAUGGAUCAGCAAAGUCGACUGGCAAAAGGCAAAUGUUUUCGAUCCAGAUUCCUACAAGAAACACUUGAAGAACAAAACAUCAGUGGUUCAUUCUAUCGGUAUUUUGUUUGAGAAUUCAAACUACAAGGACUCUUUAUCUGAUAGUCCAUUCAGCUUUCUUAAAAAAUUCAACCCAUUAGGUGCAAAUCCCUUGAAGAAGGCAAAUGAGUCUCUCACCUAUGAAAAGAUGAACAAACAAUCUGCUUUGAUAUUGGCAAAGGCAUACGCUGAACAAUUGCUGGAAUCCAAUGCUUUGCCAGAAACUAAGGUUGAGUCUCCAUCCUUCGUUUAUAUCUCUGCAGACCAGGGAUUUCCUGGUCUUUCCAAAGGUUACUUGCAAACUAAAAGAGAAGCUGAACAACAGUUGAAGCUGGAUUAUGAGAACAUAUUCAGGUCUAUCAUUAUGAGACCCGGAUUUAUGUAUGAUGAAACUGAUAAAAAAAGUGUUCGAAGCGUUUUCUCAACAUUAGCUAAUAUUGGAAACAAAAUUCCAGUUGUCGAUUUAUUAGUAAGACCAAGUAUUUCAACACAAAAAGUUGGUAUCUCUGCAAUUAGAAGAAUCCAAGAUAAAAAAUUUAGUGGAAUAGUAUUCUUAGAUGCAAUAGUCAACAACUACUAG